CUUGCAAUAAAUAAAAUGAAUUUUUCAUCUUAAACUGAAAUGUGUGGAAUAUUUUGUUGUAUACCGGCGUGGAAAGAAAGUAAUCAUUAUUGUUUAGAAAAUGAAGUGUUAUACACUGUUUUGCGAAACAGAGGUCCGGAUGCUGAAAAAAUUUUAAAUAUCUCCGACGGAACAUUUGCAGGGUUCGUGCUCUGGCAUCAAGGAACGGAAAUAUGUUUUCAACCGAUUGUACCGGACAAUAUCAUAUUACUGUUUAAUGGCGACAUUUUUAAAACCAAUUCAAAGGAGUUGAAGAAUGAAUCUGAUUCUGAUUGGCUUUCAACUCAAUUGGAAAAUUGCCAAAGUGAUAAACUUCUGAUAAAUUUCUUCAAGGAACUUGAAGGUCCCUUCAGUAUAAUUAUGUACAACAAGUAUUCAAAAGACUUGUACUUUGCUCGCGAUUCAAUGGGUCGGAAUUCCCUAAUUGUAGAGAAGAAUAAAGAGCAUCUCUGCAUUCUGAGUGUAGCAAGCCUGUCUAACAAAAAUGCUAUUGAACUGCCGCCAUUGGGUAUUUUCAAAUUAAACAUCGAAGAUUCUGAUAAUUGGACGUUGUUUCCAUGGGUAAGUCUUGACAGAGAUCAGAAUGAUUACAUACGCGUGAUGGAAGGAACAUUCAACAUAAAUAUAAAAUGCCAAUAUAUUAUCGAAUCGCCUUGGCUUCACAGUCCGGCAUUUGCAAAAGAGUUCUCUUUCAAUUUCUAUGACAUGGUUAAAAAUCUAGACGUCCCUGUUCAGGAGCUCUUCAGUGCUCUUUUGAAAAAUGAUGAAAUAGUAGGAGCUUUAGAUAUGUUUUCUGCGCUUCUGAACGAAUCGGUUAAAAGCAGAGUUCAAACUACAACGGGAUAUUGCCGUAAUUGCAUAAGCAAUCGAGAAUUCUGCAAUCAUUCAAAGGUUGCAAUCCUUUAUUCUGGAGGAAUUGAUUGCUCAGUAUUGGCAGUACUAACUGAUAAAUACAUUGAUAAAUCGGAUUCCAUUGAUUUAAUUAACGUCGCUUUUGAGGCGAUUAACUCUAGCGAGCAAACUUGGGAUGUUCCAGAUAGAUUAUCGGCUCGAUCAUCGUAUGAAGAGCUAAAAUUGCUCUGCCCACGAAGAAAAUGGAAUUUCAUAGAAGUUAAUGUUACCAGAAAAGAACUUUUAGACAAGUUGAGUACGCAUCUGAAGCACCUGAUUUACCCACUUAACACUAUUCUUGAUGAAUCUAUCGGUUCGGCGUUUUGGUUUGCAGCACAAGGCAAGGGAUACGUAGAUCAAAGAGAAUGGACGUCAACAGCCAGGGUAGUUAUUCUCGGAAGUGGAGCUGAUGAAUUGUUUGGAGGAUAUAUGCGACAUAGAAAGGCAUAUACUCAAUGCCAGGGUGAUGAUACGGCCAAACAACUGAAUGUGCACAAGGAAAUGGAGAGAGACUGGAAGAGAAUAUUUUCUCGCAAUUUGGCUCGCGAUGAUCGCGUUAUAAGUGACACGGGGAAAACACCCAGAUCCCCUUUUAUCGAAGAACACGUAGUGCAAUUUGUAAGGUCGCUUAAGUCAAGUCAGCGAUGUUGCUUUCUCGUUUCUGGGGAUAAUGGAAGCAAACUAUUUCUAAGACUUUAUGCCCAACAUCUGGGUUUAACAUUUUCAACAUUUUUACGAAAGAGAGCAAUCCAGUUCGGAUCAAAAAUAGCGAACAAAAAUCAAAAGGCUACCGACACAUCAGCAUACAUCAAAUGAAAUAUUGCUAUCAGGUGAAGUUUCCCUCACAUCUAAGCUAAAUUUACUAGACUACAUCAGAUGAUCCGCCUGAAUGGCCGAGUAGGCAGAGUCUCGACUAACAACUCAAUGGUCGUGGGUUCAAAUGUCAAGUGCGGCAGAGUUUUCAAUAAUACCGUCGGCCUUAGAUGCUACUGAUUUAAGGUUUUAGUCUAACAAUUUAUAUCUCUAGCUAAAUAAAUAAUAAUAAUAUCUCAGAAGGGACUUGUCGAGUGCAGCAACUCUGUGUUCCUUGUUAGCAUAGUUUUAAUAAAGCGAAAAGUUUCUUUGAAACAAAAUACAAUUAAUAAAGC